CCCGCCAGAGCCUUCCUGACUUUUCUCGACCAUCCGGUCGGCUCCUUCCCGUCAAGCAUUCCUUUGCGUUUGAUACCUUAAGGCAUCCAAUGACCUGCUGAAUCAAACGAUCUUCUAGAUGGGAGACUCUCCCUAUAGGAGGAGUUGCAUCAAAUACCCAAACAAAUUCUAUCCUUAUUGCAUCGUUGUCCUGCUUGUCAUUGCCAUUGCCAUGGCUUGCUGGUCAUGUACUGUGAAAAGUACCGCAUCAUUGUUCCUCCGUUCCGCGCAGCCUCGGUAUCUUUUACCAAGGCGCUCAGCAACGGCCGGCUGUUCGGGUACAACGCUGUUUCUAUAAGGGGCGGAUCGUCAUCUCGGUCGAGCCUCGAUCAUGGAUGGCUUAUUAUCAACGUGACCGAUCCAACUCCAUCAUCGAUACACAGUUUAUUAUCCUAGAUCUACAACAAUCUCCUCAAUUUUUAAUAGUUUAUCACAACACACCAUCACCAUGGAUGUUCAGAAGCUUUUUGACGUCAAGGGCAAAGUCGUGCUGGUCACUGGUGGCGCCAAAGGAAUCGGUCGUAUGAUCUCAGAAGGCUUCGUAAAAAACGGUGCCACUGUCUAUAUCUCGUCGCGGGAUGCAAAGGCUUGCGAGGCAGCCGUGAACGAGCUCAACGCGCUCGGCACGGGCAAGGCAUAUGCUAUCCCUGCGAAUUUCUACCAAGAGGAGGAGUGCAAAAAGCUGGCUACCGAAAUUGCUAAGCGCGAAAGCAAGCUGCAUGUUCUCGUCAACAACUCUGGAUCCAACUGGGGCGCCCCGUACGAUGAAUAUCCAUCCUCUGCCUGGACGCGAGUACUCACGCUCAACCUUCAUCGGGUAUUCGACCUCACCAGACUUCUCACCCCCCUGCUGGAGAAGGCUGCCUCGUCUGGCGACCCGGCUCGCAUCAUCAACAUCGGUAGUGUUGAUGGUAUAAGGGUCCCUGCUCUUGAAACCUUUGCCUACAGUGCUAGCAAGGCCGGACUGCACCACCUGAGUCGUGUCUUGGCACACCACCUUGGAAGAAGGAAUAUCACCUCAAACGCCUUGGCGUGUGGUCCUUUCGAAAGUAAGAUGAUGGCUGCCACCUUGAAAGAGCACCGAGAGACCAUCGAGGCGAAUGUCCCAUUGGGUCGUAUUGGUACCCCUGAGGAUGUCGCGGGGGCUUGUUUGUUCUUGAGCAGCCGGGCUGGCUCGUAUGUGAAUGGAGCGACAAUCACUCUGGAUGGUGGUAGCGUAGUCGCUGCCAAGCUGUAAGCUGUAAGCCAAAUAGGAUGCGCCCUCCGAAUAAAGGGAUUAUGUGCAUGCAUGAACAAAAUCGAUCUAAAGCUGUUUAUAGAAGGUGUUACCUAGUCGAUUGUGAAUUCAACUUAGCACUCUUAACUUAAAGCAACGGUGGCUUGUCUG